UCGGGAUCGAUAUUCAACAAACUGAGGUCAUGGUCAAAGACUUAGCAGAAGUGAUUUUGUCACUUUGACGCGGAAAAGCAGGCAGAGUUUGAUAUCCCUCUUUGCACACAAAGUUAACAAAAUAAUAUGCACCGAUUUAGCAAGACGAUGCGUAGAUUGGCCAAGUAUGGAAUUGUGAUUGGAGGUGGAACCUGUAUCUUGGCAUGGACCUCAAUGUCAAGUCCUCAGGUACCCAAUGUACAUGCGGAGGAUGAUCAGAUGAAGUAUGCCUGGUCCCCCCUCCCUACCCGCCAGAACAUGAUGGACUCACUGAAGACGGACGAGUUUGAUGUCUUAGUUAUUGGAGGGGGAGCCACAGGGUGUGGAGUGGCCUUAGAUGCUGUCAGCAGAGGUCUGAAGACAGCUUUAGUAGAAAAGUUUGACUUUUCCUCUGGAACCAGCAGUCGAAGCACCAAGUUGAUACAUGGAGGUGUCCGUUAUCUACAAAAAGCUGUUUUUGGAUUGGAUAUAGAACAGUAUCGAAUGGUCAAAGAGGCACUUUCGGAAAGAGCAAAUUUAAUCCAGAUUGCUCCUCAUCUAGCAUACCCAUUUCCUAUUAUGCUGCCCAUUUACAAAUACUGGCAGGUUCCCUACUUCUGGGCAGGCAUUAAGAUGUAUGAUGUGAUAGCUGGAAAGCAACUCCUCAAACCAAGUUACUAUUUAUCUAAACGUAAAACACUAGAAAUAUUUCCCAUGCUGAAGCAAGAGAAGUUGGUGGGGGCAUUGGUUUACUAUGAUGGACAACAUGAUGAUGCCAGGAUGAACAUUUCUAUGGCUAUCAGUGCUGCUCGUAUGGGAGGUACCAUUACAAACUAUACAGAGGUCUUAAAACUUUACAAAAAGACUGACGAGAAUGGGAAAGAAAUUGUCUGUGGAGCCAGAAUUAAGGACAGACAAACUGAUCAAGAAUUUGAUGUAAAAGCAAAAUGCAUAAUCAAUGCUGCAGGUCCAUACACAGACAGAAUUAGACUAAUGGAUGACAGCAGUAAGAAGAAGAUCUGUCAGCCCAGUCAGGGAGUACACAUAGUGCUACCUGACUACUACAGUCCAGACAAGAUGGGACUAUUAGACCCUGCCACUAGUGAUGGUAGAGUGAUUUUCUUUUUGCCUUGGCAGAAUCACACUUUAGCAGGAACCACCGAUUCCUCUUGUGAGCUGACAGAUUACCCAACUCCAACAGAGAAAGAAAUCCAGUUCAUCCUGAAUGAAGUCAAGAAUUACCUUCACCCUGACGUAGAGGUUCGUCGUGGUGAUGUGUUGUCAGCCUGGUGUGGUAUCCGUCCGUUAGUGUCAGAUCCAAACAAGAAGGACACACAGUCUGUGGCCAGGAACCACAUCAUUGAGGUGGCGGAGGACCAUCUUAUCACUAUAGCAGGAGGGAAAUGGACAACAUAUCGACACAUGGCAGAGGAGACAUUAGACAAAGCAGUAGAGGUGUGUUCACUGAAGCAUGCCAAGCCCUGUCAGACUAAGGGGCUACUACUGGACGGUGCUCACGGCUGGACACCCACACUGUUCAUCAGACUUGUGCAGGACUUUGGCUUAGAAAAUGAGGUUGCUCAACAUUUGGCCAGUACCUAUGGAGAUAAGGCCUUUAAGAUUGCUAAGAUGUCCUCAUUAACUGGGAAGAGAUGGCCAGUGGUUGGGAAGAGACUUCAUGAUGAGUUCCCUUAUUUAGAAGCCGAGGUGAAAUAUGCUGUAAGGGAGUACGCUUGCACUGCAAUAGAUAUCAUCGCCCGCAGGACGCGGCUAGCCUUCUGUAAUGCUAACGCUGCAGAAGAGGCCUUACCUAGGAUUGUGGAGAUCAUGGCCGAGGAACUGAAAUGGAGCAAAUCAAGACAACAGGAUGAGUUGGCCAGAGCUAAGACUUUUCUGAGGAGGGAGAUGGGACUAGAGCUUGGAAGUGGCACUUCUAAUGUUCCCAUCAACUUCAACAAGGACGAGAUCAAUAUGUAUGUCAAGCGAUUCAAGAGUCUGGAUAGGGACAACAAAGGAUAUAUAACCGUCAACGAUCUCAGACGUUAUUUCAAGCAAACUGGAGAGAGAGUCACAGAGGACCAGUUACAUGACAUCCUGAGUGAAGUGGAUCUCAAUCGCAAUGCCCAGGUGGACAUCGGAGAGUUCCUACAGUUAGUUUACUGUGCUCACAUAGCAGCUGAGAUAAAUAGACAUGAUGAAUAUGAUAAAGAUCUCCACAGAAAACAUCAACUGCUGAUGAGUGCAUUAAAAAGUGGAGCAGUGUCCAACUCACGAUUUGCCAAGGCUGCUGAAAUGUCGGCAGAGAAAAUUCCAGUACACAGGAGUGGAGGAGGAGUGUAACUCAUCAUUAGGACAUAGAAUUUUUUUUUUUUUUAACUUAUUAUAUACAUUGUGUGUAUUGCUUGAAAUUCAUGUUUUACACCUGUUGACACCUUAUAGAAAUCCCAUUCACUUACGAUCAUUACCGGUUUAAUAGAUUAUGAAUCCACAGUUACGUAUUUAAACUUAAUUCUUAAUAUGACUGAGAGAUAUUUCAGGGAGUAUAUUUUGGAUAAGAAAGGUAUUUUCUUUAUUAGCAGAGCAUAAUAUCGGAAUUAGUAGUUUAGUGUUGUUUAUAAAUGUUUUUUGGGGUAAAAUUCCAUGGACUGUAUUUUUUAUAUUUAUACUCUGCAAUCUUGUUAGCUAAGCAAGCAUGUAAUAAAAUGGGGAUUUUUAAAGAUGUUAUUUUUAUGUUUACCCGAUUCUGAAGUACACUUAAUAUGUCACGUUUAAUUUUCAUAUUACAUAAUUGUAUGCUUAAACUAUUUGCAAAUGUUAAUCCAAUAUUUUAUUGCUUAGGGACUUGUUUUCAGAGUUCUACUGUAUUUUAUAUUAGUGUGGCAUAUGCAUUGUUCUAAUUGGGUCUCAUGUGUUUAAAAUCCAUAGAGAAGUGAACUUAAAUUAAUAUUAAUGUUUCAUUUCAGAUUUACUUUAUUGGUGCAAUUAUUGUUUCUAAGUGAAAUAUGUAUUUGCAUAAAGUUCCGUUAUAAGAAUCUUUUUAGUGCUGUUACAUGUGUUAUUACAUGUAAUUAUCUAUGAACCCUGAACAAUACUGUACUUGUAACUUGUUACUGUUAAAGUGCUUAUAAAACUUUUCAGUUUUAGAAACCAAGUUCAUACUUGUAUGAUGAAUUCUCAGAUAUUAAGUAAAAUGAACAAAACACCGA